AUGACUGCUGCUUUGCAACUUUCAACUCCUCGUUCUGUAUGCAGUGAGAGCUGCCCUGUUGGAACCAGGAAAAUCAUCCCCAAUGUAACACUUUUCUGCUGCUUUAAUUGUAUCCCUUGUUCAGAAGGUGAAAUAACAAAUAUGACAGAUAUGGACAACUGUUUAAGAUGUCCAGAUGAAGAGUGGCCUAAUCUCCUGAAUAACAAAUGUAUAAAAAGAACUGUGGAUUUCCUUUCCUUCAGUGAAUACUUAGGAGCAAUAUUUACUAGUGCUGCUAUAUUGUUCUUUAUAAUUACAUCUACAGUGUUGAUGAUUUUCAUGAAAUAUAGAAGAACACCUAUCGUGACAGCCAAUAAUCAGAACCUCAGCUACAUCCUCCUCGUGUCCCUCAUGCUUUCAUUCCUCUGUCCUAUCCUAUUCAUUGGGCAUCCUUCUGAGAUAACCUGUAUGAUGAGACAAACUGCCACUGGAUUGAUCUUUGCUAUUGCAAUUUCUUCUGUCCUUGGAAAAACAAUAACAGUGAUUAUUGCCUUUAAUGCCACAAAACCUGGGAGCAAAUUAAGGAAAUUAGUGGGGUCUAAAAUAACUAUUGCUUUUGUUCCUCUUUGCUCCUCGGGUGAACUUUUGAUUUGUAUUAUUUGGCUAAUAUGUUCUGCUCCAUUUGUGGAUUAUGACACAAAGACUGUGCCAGGGACAAUAAUACUGCAGUGUAAUGAAGGUUCCAUUCUUGCUUUCUAUCUGACAAUUUCAUACAUUGGAGUGUUGGCACUCUUAAGCUUUUGUGUUGCUUUUUUUGCCAGAAAAUUACCUGAUAGUUUCAAUGAAGCUCAAUUUAUUACUUUCAGUAUGCUUGUUGUCUGCAGUGUAUGGGCUUCAUUUAUUCCAGCAUAUCUGAGUACCAAAGGAAAAUACACAGAGGUUGUUGAGAUAUUUGCUAUCUUUGCAUCGGCUUUAGGGUUAUUUGGCUGCAUAUUUAUUCCAAAAUGCUACAUUAUAGUAUGUAAACCUCAACUUAACACUAAGAAGCAUUUAAUAACAAAGAAAUCAAUAAUGUCCAGCACAAUGUGA